AUGCGCUUCGACUUGUCCUCCGCCACCAGCAGCCGCGACAUCCACCGACCACCCAUCCGGGGGCCCUAUCCGUGCCAGGCUCUGGGGGAACACGACAGUGGGACACCCUUCUCUUCUCCCCUGGGCUCCCUGCAUGCCAGUGCUGAGCCGAGCUGGGUCCCAUGCGCCGUCUGCGAUGGGCAGGGCUUCCCGUGUGUCCCACUGCCCGACCCCCAGUCCCACCUGGAACCCCGGAACCUCCUGUCCUCUACCCCUGGUGCACCCGCUGAGCUUGGGUGCCCCUUCUCCCCACAGCCGGGUCGGGAGAAAACGGAUUUGCCAGGCCACUUUGGGGCUCGUGGGACAGGCCGCGGAGGUGCCCGGCGAUCUGGCUGCGGCUUCUUGGUGCUGAGUGCGCCUGGUGCAGCCCAGGCUCAGGUUGGACCAUGCACUGCUGGCCCCAAAGGGUCUCAGGCCCCUGUCCCAAAUGGGAGACUGGUGGUCUUGACUCCUGGGGCACUGGGGCUGAGUGACGGGGUGUCCAGAUGUUUCCUGCUGGUCUUCUCCUGCCUCGUGCUGUCCGUGUUCUCCACCAUCAAGGAGUACGAGAAGAGCUCAGAGGGCGCGCUCUACAUCCUGGAGAUCGUGACCAUCGUCGUGUUCGGCGUGGAGUACUUCGUGCGCGUCUGGGCGGCGGGCUGCUGCUGUCGCUACCGCGGCUGGAGGGGCCGGCUCAAGUUCGCCCGGAAGCCCUUCUGUGUGAUCGACAUCAUGGUGCUCGUCGCCUCCAUCGCGGUGCUGGCCGCCGGCUCCCAGGGCAACGUGUUCGCCACGUCCGCGCUGCGCAGCCUGCGCUUCCUGCAGAUCCUGAGGAUGAUCCGCAUGGACCGGCGCGGCGGCACCUGGAAGCUCCUGGGCUCCGUGGUCUACGCGCACAGCAAGGAGCUGGUCACCGCGUGGUACAUCGGCUUCCUGUGCCUCAUCCUGGCCUCGUUUCUGGUGUACCUGGCGGAGAAGGGCGAGAAUGAUCAUUUUGACACCUACGCCGACGCACUCUGGUGGGGCCUGAUCACCCUGACGACCAUCGGCUACGGGGACAAAUACCCCCAGACCUGGAACGGGAGGCUCCUGGCGGCAACCUUCACCCUCAUCGGUGUCUCCUUUUUCGCUCUUCCUGCGGGCAUUCUGGGGUCUGGCUUUGCCCUGAAGGUCCAGGAGCAGCACCGGCAGAAGCACUUCGAGAAGCGGCGGAACCCCGCCGCGGGCCUGAUCCAGUCCGCCUGGAGGUUCUAUGCCACCAACCUGUCCCGCACGGACCUGCACUCCACGUGGCAGUACUAUGAGCGGACGGUCACCGUGCCCGUGUACAGCUCGCAAGCUCAAACCUACGGGGCCUCCAGACUCAUCCCGCCGCUCAAUCAGCUGGAGCUGCUCCGGAACCUGAAGAGCAAGUCCGGCCUCGCCUUCAGGAAGGAGCCACAGCCGGAGCCCUCUCCCAGUAAAGGCAAACCGCGCGGAGAGGGCCUGUGUGGAUGCUGCCCCGGACACUCUAGUCAGAAGGUCAGUUUGAAAGACCGUGUCUUCUCCAGCCCCCGCGGCGCGGCUGCCAAGGGGAAGGGGUCCCCCCAGGCCCAGCCUGUCCGGCGGUCACCCAGUGCCGACCAGAGCCUGGAGGACAGCCCUAGCAAGGUGCCCAAGAGCUGGAGCUUCGGGGACCGCAGCCGUGCUCGGCAGGCCUUCCGCGCCAAGGGCGCCGCGUCCCGGCAGAACUCGGAAGAAGCAAGUCUCCCUGGGGAGGAUGUCGUGGACGACAACAAGAGCUGUAACUGCGAGUUUGUGACUGAGGACCUGACCCCCGGCCUCAAAGUCAGCAUCCGGGCUGUGUGUGUCAUGAGGUUCCUGGUGUCCAAGCGGAAGUUCAAGGAGAGCCUGCGACCUUACGACGUGAUGGACGUCAUCGAGCAGUACUCGGCCGGCCACCUGGACAUGCUGUCCCGCAUUAAAAACCUGCAGUCAAGAGUGGACCAGAUCGUGGGGCGAGGCCCAGCCAUGACGGACAAGGACCGCACCAAAGGGCCUGCGGAAGCGGAGAUGCCCGAGGACCCCAGCAUGAUGGGCCGCCUGGGGAAGGUGGAGAAGCAGGUGCUGUCCAUGGAGAAGAAGCUGGACUUCCUGGUGAGCAUCUACACGCAGCGCGUGGGCAUCCCGCCCGCGGAGGCCGAGGCCUACUUCGGGGCCAAGGAGCCGGAGCCGGCGCCCCCGUACCACAGCCCGGAGGACAGCCGUGAGCAGGGUGAGCGGGGCAGCUGCAUCGUCAAGCUCAUCCGCUCCACCAGCUCCAUGGGCCACAAGAACUUCUCGGCGCCCCCGGCCGCACCCGCUGCCCAGUGCCCGCCCUCCACCUCCUGGCAGCAGCAGAGCCACGGGCGCCCGGGCCACGGCGCCUCGCCCGUGGGGGACCACGGCCCGCUGGUGCGCAUCCCGCCGCCACCCGCCCACGAGCGGUCGCUGUCUGCCUACGGCGGGGGCCACCGGGCCAGCACGGAGUUCCUGAGGCACGAGGACGCGCCGGCGUGCCGGCCCCACGAGGCCGUGCCGCGGGACAGCGACACGUCCAUCUCCAUCCCGUCCGUGGACCAUGAGGAGCUGGAGCGCUCGUCCAGCGGCUUCAGUAUCUCUCAGUCCCGCGAGAACCUGGACGCCCUCGGCUGCCACGCGGCCGCAGCGCCCUGCGCCAAGGUCCGGCCCUACAUCGCCGAGGGCGAGUCGGACACGGACUCGGACCUCUGCACCCCGUGCGGGCCGCCGCCGCGCUCCGCCACGGGCGAGGGCCCCUUCGGGGACGUGGGCUGGGCCGGGCCCCGGAAGUGAGCGCCCGCCGCCUCCCCUGACGGCCGGCCUCGGGGGCUAAGGCGGGACCCUCGAGCCUUUUCU